UGCAAACCUAGAUCCACUUUAUCUUCUUCCUCCUUUCCUCCUCCAUGCUCACCCUUCUUUCUUUUUUUUAUUCUUUCUCUCUCUCUCUCCCUGCUUCUUCUCUCAAACCCAGAUCUGGGUUUGAGAAAAACCCAGAUCGUGGCUUAAGAAAAACCCAGAUCUGGGUUUGAGAAAAACCCAGAUCGUGGGUUUGUCUAUGGGUUUGUCUCAAGCCCACCCUUUGGCCCUCAAAUCCCCCCUUAAUCACCUUCCUCAACCAACCUUCCUCCUUCCUUUCCCUCCUCAUCCUUCUUCUUUCUUAUUCUUUCUCUCUCUCUUCUCAUUUAUUCUUCCUCUCCAAAUCAAAAUCCAGAUUUGGGUUUUUCUCAAACCCAAAUCUGGGUUUGUUUUAAAAAAAUUAAUCAAGAAAAAAAUCCAGUUUCCUUAAAGUCAGGGAACCCAGAAAUUGAACUGUGCUUGAAAGGGUCUAUGCCGCAGUACAGAGCAAGAAGUAGGAACAACACACCCAGAACUCCCAUCGGAGUCAUCGUUUCUAAACAAAGAAACACAAGAUAUCUGAAACCACUGUUCUGUUUUCCAGAGAGACGGAGCGGAUGGUUAAAGUAGGUCGAUGGGGUAUGUCUUUAUUUCGGAUUCAAGGAGUAGGUAUUGAGCAUCGUAGAUUACUCUUGCGCCGGUGGUGGAUAGAGUGCAAGGACACUCAGCUAAUUACAUUGGGUUGAUUUGCGGUUGGGACCAAAGACAAAUGUUAAUUUUUUAUUUUAUUAACACUUUUUUUUUUCUUGAUUAAUUUGUUUGUUUUUUUUCUCGAUUAAUGAGAAAGAAGAUAACUUUGAAAAAUUAUAAAAUAAUAAUAAAAAAUAUUAAAUUUU